CUAAAACGAGGGGAGUCUUGGAAGGUGUGGUCUAGCAAAUGCCGGGUAGCCAAACGAAAUAAAGCGGAAUCGAUUGGUAACUGCCCUAGUUCAAAUAGAAGCCGGUCUUUCAAGCGUUUAUAUUCUGGUAGUAUUUCUUUGAAAAAAAAUUAAGACACAGCUCUAUCAAAAUGUCUAACGGCAAUUGGAAACCAUUUAUUUUCGGUGGUCUGGCUUCUGUUACUGCAGAAUGUGGAACAUUUCCAAUCGAUCUGACCAAGACCCGUCUACAAGUCCAGGGCCAAGUAGGUGAUAGCAAAUAUAGAGAGAUCCGCUACCGGGGCAUGCUACACGCCAUCAGCAAGAUCUGCAGAGAGGAGGGGCUCAGAGCGCUGUACUCGGGGAUUGCUCCUGCAAUGUUGCGCCAGGCAUCCUAUGGGACCAUUAAAAUAGGGACCUAUCAGAGUUUCAAACGACUAUUGGUGGACAGGCCUGAGGAUGAGACACUGGUGACUAACGUGUUGUGUGGUGUUCUGUCUGGGGUCAUAUCCUCUUCCAUUGCCAACCCCACUGACGUCCUGAAGAUCCGUAUGCAGGCCCAGGGCAGUGUGAUCCAGGGGAGUAUGAUGGGGAACUUCAUCAACAUCUACCAGCAGGAGGGAACACGAGGACUGUGGAAGGGCGUGUCUCUAACGGCUCAGAGAGCAGCCAUCGUGGUGGGGGUGGAGCUGCCCGCCUAUGACAUCACCAAGAAGCAUCUGAUCAUGUCGGGUCACAUGGGCGACACGAUCUACACACACUUCCUGUCCAGUGUGAUGUGUGGAUUGGCGGGAGCUCUGGCCUCCAACCCUGUAGACGUGGUCCGCACACGCAUGAUGAACCAGAAAGGAGGAGCCCUGUACCAGGGAACACUAGACUGUAUAGUGCAGACAUGGCGGUCAGAGGGCUUCAUGGCACUCUAUAAGGGAUUCUUCCCCAACUGGCUCCGUCUAGGACCAUGGAACAUCAUCUUCUUCAUCACCUACGAGCAGCUGAAGAAGAUUGAGGUCUGAUGAACAGAACAAGUUUAUAGGUGAGGAGAACACGACCCCUGCAGAGAAGGGAACAAAGACCAAAUAAGUCCAGACAGAUGUGUAUGGAAGAUGAAUCCCCUGGACUGAAUGUCUGUGGCUCUUCUUGGCAUAUGUGGGAGAACAUCCAGUAGGUCCUCCAAUCCCACUGGUCUACAGGCUUCACAUAGCAUGGAGAUGCACACCUGUGUGCCAACACGCCCAAACUCAAACUAUCUCCAACCUCUGUGAACUAUACCCCCUUGACUGGAUCUGUUUUUCUCAUUUGCUGCAGUCCCAAAGAAGUACAGUAGUGAGGAAGUUAAAGAAAGAUGCUAAGUUCAAUGUUGUAGCUUGACCAAGGGACCUCAUGUCAAUAAUUGCCAAUACAAUGUGUGUUAAAUGACUGGGGCUAUCUUCACAGUAAAAUUCCACCUUGUCCUGAGGGUUUUCCAUUUCCCCAAAGGGCCAUUGUGUCAGAACACAAUAGCAAGACUUAUCUCAGAUUGAUGACCUGUGGUGACAUUUAUACUGCUCUGUUCCACUCAGCUGGUGAACAUUAGCAGUACACUAAGUGCCUUAGUAUAUGACACUGCUGGGUACCCAAGUUGUGAGAAAUAUAUUUAAAGACUGUUCUUUGAAUACUUUAUCAAACUUGCUAAUCAUUAUGAAAGCUCAACAUCAUCCAAAAGUUGUACCAGAUUCCCUGUUGUGUUUAUAUUCAGAAGAAACACAGCCCAACCUAUUUUUUAUGAUGAUAUAUUGUGUACACCUACUUGGCUUUGUGUUGUGUGAUUGGACAGACUCUACUCUUACAAACUAUUUACUAUAGCGCCAGCUGUAAGUGAAGUUUGAAGAUCAGAGGACAGGUGGCCACACACACACCUGACGGGGGUCUCCGUUUGUUUGUUCCCUGUGGGCGAAAGGGUGGAGAUGCCCAUAUUGGGCCGAACAUGAUGUACAAACUGAGAGCGUAGGUCAGAUAUAUUUAACCCAACACAGCGUGACACACAGCCCCAGUAGCCCUCACUAUCUAUUAAUGGAACAGGCGCGUGCGCACACACACACAAACACACACACACAUUCAGAUGCCAGAUAUAAUGUUGAAUCAGUCAGGAAUUACAUUUCUAUCGGGGUUGGCCAGUAUAGUCGGGAAUUACCUCUUCCGUACAUCCCCCUAUGGGAAGCAUUACUACAGCAAGGGUGGUACCUUUUAAGGGUACUUGGCUGGCUCUUCAGUAUUAGGCUGUUUGGCCUGUUAUGUAACUUUGACUGCAAUGUUAUGCUUUGUAAGAACAUUUUAAAACAGAAGGUAUUUUCAUUACUUUUUUUUUGCUGUAAAUGUUGCAUUAUGCUGCAGUGCCCUUUUUGUUAUGUACUUGUUAUUCAGGUGUAAAGGUGGAUCUAUUUCAUUAAAUAAAAUACUUUGCUGUUUUAA